GCCAUGAAUAUUGACCGUUUCCACAUGGCCAAAGGGGAAGGAGAGACAAGCUACGUCAAUAACUCAAGGAUUCAGCACAAAGCUUUGCUUGAGACCGAGGCGGUGCUUGAGAAGGCCGUGAGAGAAGUGUUCAAGUAUCUCCACCACCCAACAAUGACUGCUGUUGAUUUAGGGUGCUCUUCUGGUCAGAACACACUCACCUUCGUAUCCAAGGUGAUCCAAGUGAUAGGCCGUGACAUUGGCGGAGAAUCAGGGCGCAAUCCCGUGGAGCUCCAGUUCUUUCUCAAUGAUCUACCGGGAAAUGACUUCAACCAUGUCUUCGGUUCACUUGAACGGUUCAAGGAGUUGACAGCAGCAGAACAUAAAGAAAAUACGCUGGUACCGUCUUUCUAUAUCGCCGGGUUGCCGGGCUCCUACUACACCAGGCUUUUCCCUCGCCAGAGUUGUCACCUAUUUCACUCGUCAUUUUGCCUCCAUUGGCGCUCUCGGGUUCCUGCUGGAUUAGAAGGAGGAGGAAGAAAAUACCUAAACGAGGGAAACAUUUACAUUGCUAGGACUACGCCAGCAGGUGUUGCGGAACUGUACCGACGGCAAUUUCAGAAUGACAUGUUAUUGUUCCUCAAGUUGAGGUAUGAAGAGCUAGUGGUUGGUGGGCAAAUGGUGCUGACGUUUCUUGGGAGGAAAUAUGAGGACAUAUACAACAAAGGAUAUCUGAACCAUCCUUGCGGAUUACUUGCACAAUCUCUGCAAUCUCUUGUCGAAGAAGGCCUGGUGGAGAAGGAAAAGCUUGACUCCUUCAAUCUUCCCAUUUACACGCCAUCGAUCAACGAAGUGAAGGAAGUAGUUGCGCAAAGCGAGUUGUUCAACAUCAGCCACAUCAAAUUGUUCGAGUCCAACUGGGAUCCUCAUGAUGACUCACAAGGGGAUGAUGCCCAUAAUACCGUUCAGAGCGGGAUUAACAUCGCAAAGAGCUUGAGGGCGGUGUUAGGACCCCUACUCGCAAGCCAUUUCGGCGAAUCCUUGCUGGACGAGAUAUUCAAGAAAUGUGCAUACUGUGUCACGGAGCACCUUGUUGAGAGGGGAGAAGGCAAUUACCUUCUCAUCUGCGUGUCCCUAAAAGGAACAUAG